GUCUGCGCUAAGCCGCCAGCUGGCCCUGCCUCUGCCCGCCUGAGCUCCCCAGCUGGGACUGGGGCGAGGAGGCGCUGCGCGCUGGCCCUUUUCCGUCACCUUCCGCCGGUGCGGAGUGACCGAGCGAGCUGCUGCGGGAUGUGCAAAGAGAGGCGGGCAGGCGGGCGGCUCAUUGCAGCCUGAAAGGGCGUCCAUCCUGCAGCGCGUGCCAGAGGACCCCGCUCCGGGUGGGAGGUCUUUUCUGGCGCGGGGGGCUGAUUCUGCCCUCUGUCGGACUUCGGUAGCCCCCGGGUAGGACUAUUGCCCAGCUGGGUGGCCGGAGGCGAUCUCAUUCUGCUCUCUCUCCCCCCACCAGCCCUUUGGGAAGGAGAGGUGGAUUUCUGCGAUCAGAUCUUGCAAUGAUAGCCGCCUGGUUUCCAGACGCUUGGGGGAUUGUGAUCCGGCGCUGCAGGAGAGACUCCGAAUAAACUCCGCUCUCUGCCGUCCAGAAGAGCGCAGGGCCAGGAAAGACACAUUUCUUCAUAAAGGACCUGCAAUGGAUAAAAAAAGCAGUGGUUGUUUCUUACUGAUUAUUCUACUAAUUAGAAUGGCUCCAAGUUUCCCCGCUACUGUAAGUUAUGCCGAUCCUACCUUAGAGUCUAUAGCAACGGAAUAUUCAGCGAUACGCCAGAAAAUAGUAGAUUCACAGUUCAAAUGCUACGAAAGGAUGAACAGAACACCUCCUUACAAGAAAAAAGGGCUGUACUGUAACCGGACCUGGGAUGGAUGGCUGUGUUGGGAUGAUACACCAGCUGGAGAAUAUGCUGACCAGAAUUGUCCUGACUAUUUUCAAGACUUUGAUCCAACUGAAAUGGCAACAAAAUAUUGUGAUAAGACAGGAACUUGGUUUCGGCAUCCUGAAAGCAAUCGAACCUGGUCUAACUACACACGGUGCAAUUCUUUUACAAAUGAAAAGCGUAAGAUGGUUUUCAUAGUUUAUUACAUGACUAUAGUAGGCCAUGCAUUGUCUAUAGCUUCCCUGUUGAUUUCCUUGGGGAUUUUCUUCUAUUUCAAGAGCCUCAGCUGUCAAAGGAUAACACUGCAUAAGAAUCUCUUUUUUUCUUAUGUUCUUAAUUCUGUGUUUACACUUGCCCACCUCAUUGCAGUAGUGCCUGAUCGAAACCUGGUCAAAAAAGAUCCAGUAAGCUGCAAAGUGCUUCAGUUUUUUCACCAAUAUACGAUGGGCUGUAACUACUUCUGGAUGCUUUGUGAAGGAAUAUAUCUUCAUACGCUGAUUGUGGUGGCAGUAUUUGCUGAAGAACAGCGCUUGCACUGGUAUUACCUCCUGGGCUGGGGUUUUCCUUUAGUGCCAGCAUCAAUUCACGCUGUGGCAAGAGCCAAAUAUUUCAAUGAUAAAUGUUGGAUUAGUGUUGACACUCAUUUGUUGUACAUCGUUCAUGGGCCUGUAAUGGCGGCUUUAUUGGUCAAUUUUUUCUUUUUGCUCAACAUUGUACGAGUUCUCGUUACAAAACUGAGAGACACGCAUCGGGCCGAGUCCAAUAUGUACAUGAAAGCUGUCAGAGCCACUUUAAUUCUUGUGCCCUUAUUAGGUAUUCAGUUUGUCAUUAUUCCCUGGAGGCCAGAAAAUAAACUUGCUGGAGAAAUAUAUGAUUACAUCAUGCAUAUUUUAAUGCACUAUCAGGGCUUACUUGUGGCAACGAUUUUCUGUUUCUUCAAUGGAGAGGUCCAAGGAGCUCUGAAGCGGCAGUGGAUGCAGUAUAAAACCCAAUGGGGUCAAAGACGCCGUGACCAUUGUUCUACACGGUCUACCUCCUACACAGCAACAUCUAUCACAGAGGUUCCAAUUUAUCCGUAUCAUCAUGAUCCUAAUAGUGAGCAGCUGAAUGGGAAGUAUAUAGAUGACUCUGAACUUGUUGCAUUAAAAUCUGGAGAGACAUCUGCUUAGCUUAUAAUUAAAGGGCUUCACUUUUUAUUUCUGCAAGAAAGAGGAGACUGUAAAGCACCUGCAACGUGCAUACUUGGUCAGCUAGCUGGAACCAUCAUAUGCAAAGUGCAGAAAUUCAGCUCUCUUGUGGCAUCAGUUCACAGAUGUGGGGACUGAUUCCGGUUGCCAAAUGUCACUUUUGAAAGAAAAGGAGAUGAAGGCUAAAUUUCUCAAUGAAGAGCAAGGAUUUUCACCAGUUCCAGAACCUGGCCAUAUGAAAUGAUGAUGCAAUAGUAAUAAAAUUUUCCAUCAGACAUCCCGCUGGGAGAUGCCAUUAUUUCUACAAAAGACCUUUGUUAUCCAAAUCAAACUAAAUGCAAAUUGGAGACAGUAAAGAGCUAUUGCUAGACUUUGGAAUCAUAAACAUGAAUUAUUUGUCAUAUAUUGGACAGCUUUUAUUAUUUUAUUUUCAGUGAGUUUAAAUGCUUUCUCAAAGUGGUUUCCCCCCACCCCAAAGCUUGGAGCAAAACAACAAAAUUUAUUUUGUGUAUUUAAAUCUUCAUUAUCACAACAGGAUACUAGCCAUUCAGUAUUAUUCUGACAUCAAGGAGAUGACAGAAAUGAAGGUAAACUAUUUAUUGUGUCAUAAACAUUAAAAAAAGAAGAGAUUAUCAUAGGAACACAAUGUUCUGUCAGGAGGUCUAGUGAGAAGAUUCAAAAGCCUUGUUCAGUAGGCCAUACACUGGCUUUAUGUACAUUGUUUAUAGGGAAAUUGUCAGCCAUAUUUUUCAGUCCAAAAUAUGAGAGAUGGGGAACAAGUUUUUCUAUAAAUAAAGUAUGAAUUCCACUUGGAA